GCGUCUUAGCUCCACAGUGCAGUUUAGUCGUCGAAUGGCAAUGAUUGAUUGAGUAGCAUAGCGAAUGGAGUCCAGCAAAUUGAAGUGCGUAUUGUGCAAGAAGUAUCCCAACGGCAAUUUCUACAAAUGCGGAAAUCGUCACGUAGGAUGCCACUCGUGCGUGGACGAAAAGAACUUGAGCCUGUGCAGGUGUGCUCAACCGUUCAACCGAAAGAAGCAGAAUCCGAAGGAGAAGCUGGAAAAGCAGACCAAAAUUCCUUGCGACUUCAAGCAAUCCGGAUGCACUUGGCUGUUCGGAUCAGCACAGCUGGAAGACCAUCUGGAGGAGUGUAAAUUUCGCCCGUAUCGAUGCAUUAUCGAUGAACUCGACGUAAAGCCAUGCAACUGGACUGGACAACAGCAGGAAAUAGAGGAACAUCUGGAGGAAGACCACCCGGAACUAGGAGCUUGUUUCAGUUACUUCCAAGAAGCAGUCAGGAUCUCCUUCAUACCGAGCAAAUCUAAAGCCGUUGUCAAACUGGUGGAUGCCUUUAGCAAAAAAUUCCUCUUCUACUACCAUUCGAAUGCCGAUAGCCGUAUGCUGUACUUCAUGAUCGUUUACUUUGGACGACGCGUCGAAGCUCAGCAGUACUGUUACGAGUUGGACAUCCGGUCGCCAUCAACGCACGGCAUUCCUCGCAUGAAGUUCGUCCAGCAGUGCGUGGCCGAUUGUGAGGAUUUUGACCAAGUGAUGGAGCAGGAAAGCCACUGCAUCGCAAUCUCGUUCAAAACGAUCGAACACUAUCUGCGCGAAGAAGGGGGCACGGGCACGUUUUCGUUCCGAUUCAUCGUAAAGAAGACGGAGAAAGAUGCCAGCAAAGUGGCGGUCCGAGAACAGAAGACAACCAAAAAAGGAAGCAAAGUUUCUUCGGAAGCUGAGCGAGUGGAAAGAGUCAGAUAUAUAUCCGGCUCGUCCCAGGACGAUCCACCGUUGCGGGUGGAAACGACGGACAUUGAGUAUCCGAUUUUUUGACAAGAAAUAUACUAUGUUGUGCUGUACGAUGAA